AUGACGCCACCACUUAUUGCGCUCGAGGAGCACUUUUACUCAAAGGCGAUCUUUGACUCCUUCAACAAUUCUAUGAAAGUUGGAAUUUCCAAAUGGCCCGGUGCACUGGACCGGCUGUUUGACGCUGGAAAGAUACGGCUGGAGGAAAUGGAUCAAGGCAAGGUCUCGCUUCAAGUCAUAUCGCAUUGUGCCGCAGAUACUCCAUCACUGGAGGCCUGCCAAGCAGGAAACGACCACUUGGCCAAGGAAAUAUCGAAAUCCGAAGAGUGUAACAAGCGGUUCGCUGGAUUUGCCGUGCUUCCCAUGGCGGAUCCGAUGGCCGCUGCCGUCGAGCUUGAGCGUACAAUCAAAGAGCUUGGCUUUGUGGGUGCCCUGGUUGAUAAUAAGGUCUCCGUUGGAGCUAGAUUCUACGAUGGUGAAGUAUAUGAUGUCUUCUGGCAAAAGGUACAAGAGUUGGACGUGCCGGUCUAUCUACAUCCUUCUUGGCCGACAGAAGAUCUCCUCGCACAAAGCUACACUGGCAAUUAUCCGAUUCGAUCGGCCACUGUCAUAGGAGGUGCUAUGUGGGGAUGGCACAGUGAUGUGGGCGUCCACGUGCUCCGAUUGCAUGCGGCUGGAGUCUUCGAUAAGUUCCCCAAGCUUAAGCUAAUUCUGGGUCACUUCGGGGAGAUGAUGCCUUUCAUGCUUCAGCGGAUCAGUGAUCAAGAGCUGAUCAUGGGUCGCCGGGAACGGCCUUUCAAAAUGGUGUGGGACGAGAAUAUAUGGAUCACAACUUCUGCGUGCUGGAGCUUAGACCCCAUGCGCUGUAUUCUCAGUAACACCAAGAUUGAUCGGAUCAUGUACAGUAUUGAUUAUCCAUUCACGACAAACGAGCAAGGCCUGAAGUGGUUCACAGACCUUGAAAGCAGCGGCCUGCUGACCCAAGGCCAACUCGAGCUUAUCGCCUAUAAAAAUGCGGAACAGCUCCUUGGAAUCAAAGCACCACCAAGCUAA